GUCAAUCCGAUUAUGUUUUGGUCAAGUUCAGUCACCAAAAUGCUCUCUGUACCGUUGCAAAGCUACCGUAGAUAAGACGUUUUCCCAUCACCAUCGGUUAUCUCAUCGUUGGCUUUGCGCGAUAACGAAUCACUGCUGGUCCAGUAUUCAUCUAAAAGUCCGGAGAAAAUGUUGAAGAAUGCCGUUUCAUUGAUCACCGGUGGAUCGUCCGGGCUUGGAUUCGCCACCGUCGAACGGUUUGCCCGCGCAGGAUGCCGAGUAAUUCUGGCCGAUCUACCAUCGUCCAACGGAGAAAAGGUCGCUUCUCAGUUAGGGGAAAAUGUGAUAUUCGUACCGACGGAUGUUUCCUCGGAACAAGAUGUCACCAAUGUCCUCGCAGAAACCAAAAGUCGAUUCAGUCGGUUGGAUGUUCUAGUUAAUUGUGCCGGGAUCGCCUUUCCGGAGAAGGUCUACGACUUCAAAAAGGACCGACCGCACAGUUUGAAAUCGUUUCAAGCGCUGUUGAACGUCAAUACGGUGGGAACGUUCAACGUAAUUCGGUUCGCCGCUGGUCUGAUGGGUCAAAACGAUCCGGAUGGUAACGGUCAACGGGGAGUGAUCGUCAAUACGGCAUCCGUACUGGGUUACGAUGCCCAGACGGGGUUGGCGGCGUAUUCAGCCACGAAGGCGGCCAUUAUUGGAAUGACCUUACCGAUUGCCCGUGAUCUUAGCGGUCAGGGCAUUCGGGUGAUGACGAUUGCGCCUGGUUUGUUUGACACUAAGAUGACCGGAGAGCUACCCAAGGAGGCGGUAAAGAUGCUGAUUAGCACCAUUCCAUUUCCCAAGAGGGCUGGACAUCCGGCGGAAUUUGCCAAACUGGUUCAGGAUAUUGUGGAGAACCCUAUGCUAAAUGGAGAGGUGAUUCGAUUGGAUGCUGCGGCUAGGUUCAACAUUUGAUUUAUUUGCAAAAUAAACGAGUGGUUUUUACA